AAACAAACAGUCAAAUUCUAAACUCAAUGUUUAUUGCUUCUUUUUGUUCUUGUUGUUUCUGUUAUUUAUAUUAAUUUCUUUACUCUAUUUCCGUGAAGGUGGGGAAUUCCCAGUCGGGCCAACAUAUCUAAUCCUUUGUGAAAUAGGUUUUAUGGAGGACCUAAUCCUAGAGCUAAUCUAAAUCUCGGAUUAUUAUUAUUAUUUUGGUUCUGAAACAAUCGGGUUUAAUCUAAAUCUCUCCGUCCCGCACACUCACCGCCCGCCACCCCCUCUCUCAUGGCCCCUUCAUCAUCGGAGCAUCCGGGAAAUUUUUCUGUCAAUCGAUGGACUACGAAAGCUCGUCUGCAAAUUUACCAGAUGCCCACCCUUCUCAAUGAGAUUUGGAACCCCAACCCCAAUCUCAAAUGCCCACUCUUCUCUUUCAAAGGAGUACUAGAGAAGAAGAACAAUGAGUCGCAAAUAGGCACCAAAUGCUACUUGUUUGAUGGGAGUUGGAUUUACGAUGAUACAUACCCACUCUACGACACAUCCAGCUGCCCUUUUAUUGACAGAGAGUUCGACUGUCAGAAAAAUGGAUGCCCGGAGUUCGACUCUCUGAGCUAUAACCAGUGGCAGUCACUAACAUGUAUGCUGCAUUCUGCAGUACCCAAAGCCAAAUAUACUUCAUCCAGUAAAGGAGAUUUCUAUACGCUUCUUUUGCCAGUGAGAAUAUGAAGUUUCUGUGAUGUUUUCUCGCAAUAAGUUUCUAGUGGAUCUGGUCCAAACAAAGGAGGGCAUGGUUCUAAACCUUGACUCUAUUGAAGGAGGGCAUGGUUCACAGCUUUAUUAGUAAAUUUCUGCUCCUUCUAGGCUUCUAGCUCUAUUUAAGUCCUGGUUACAUGUUUUGCUAAUUGACAUACUAGAACUGGGAAUCACAUAUUCACAACUUUGAAAGUCUCCUUGCUCGGUCUUAUUAGCAUGCUUCAAUUCAUUUGUAAACAUAAAUAUACUUGGUAUUAAACUUAUGUUUGUUGAUCAUAAGUCAAAGCAUGUGUAAAGAAACUUCUUUUUGACUUCAUUCCUUUUAGUAAUGCUGAGGAAUGAACAUGAAUUGGAUUUUUGAUCUUUUUAGAUAUCAGGACUGACUUGCAGUAGUACAAAAAUGGUCUAUACUUCUGGUCUUCAGAGGGGAGCAGACUGAUCAAUUGAUCAGUUUUUGAAUUGCACAUGCAUCACUUCCAAAUUCAGGCAGUGGUGGAUAGGAUUUGUAUUCCGAAAUUAAUGCCGUAGGGAUAUCCUCCCCAGUCCUCAUAACCUUGAGCCUUGUCUUUGCUAGAAUAGUUGUAAUUUGUGUUUGGAUAUUCUUCUCUGAAAUGAAGAAUCUCAUAAGCCUAUUGUAUUCUCGCUGUGUUCUGAGAUCUUUCUCUGUCAUGCCUUUGUAGCUGCAACGAAAGGUUUAAUAUUUCUAUGAUUUUAUUAUUUGAGUUUGAAUGUUUCAUUUCUAACUUGCUUUCUGUACUCCAUGUUUUGAUUUUGAAUGGGUUUAGGUGUUCUAUGACAAAUAGGUAACAGCUUGGGACACUUCGACUGCUGGAGUGAAAU